AUGUCGUAUCCAUUCACCGGUAAGAAUGUCAGUUUGAGCAAAGGUCCAGACCCCAAAACAUCGAUUCGAACUGAAAGAGAAGCUCAAAAAUUCAACCCACAAGCUAUGCAAUACUUUUUGGAAGGCUCUAAAGAAAGAGCAGAAUUGAUCAAAACCUUGACUCAACAAAUGGAAAGAGACCCCAUUUUGUUCACCGAUGGUUCUUAUUACGACAUGAGCAAGGAGCAAUUGAGAGAGUUUACUGCUGCUAAAAUCAACAGACUCUCUAGAUACUUGGAAGUGGAUUCUCUCGAUGUUUUCAAUAUCAGACAAUCCUUGAUUGGUGUUAUUGACCCUGCUGUUGGAACUAGAAUGGGAAUUAACUUGGGAUUGUUCCUUUCAUGUAUUAGAGGUAACGGUACAGCAGCGCAGUUGAAAUACUGGGCUUUGGACAAGCAUACUGCCAAGAUUAGAGGUAUCUAUGGAUGUUUCGGUAUGACUGAGUUGGCUCACGGUUCCAAUGUUGCUGGUCUCGAGACCACUGCAACUUUUGACAAGGCAAGUGACG